GUAAUGGCGGCCACUGGUGAGAAACAAUUCGACAUGAAUAACAUGCUGCAGUUUAUGAAACUUAUCGGGCAACUCAAAAGGGUGCCUCGGACCGGCUGGGUGUACAGGAAGGUGCAGAAACCAGAGAGUGUGUCUGAUCACAUGUACCGCAUGGCUGUGAUGUCUCUGACCAUCACUGACCCCACAGUGGACAGAGACAGGUGCAUAAGAAUGGCUCUGGUCCACGAUAUGGCAGAGUGCAUUGUGGGAGACAUUGCUCCAUCGGACAACGUCAGUAAGGAAGAGAAGCACAGAAGAGAGGACGAAGCAAUGAAACGUAUGACAAAUCUUCUGCCAGAGGGACUCAAACAGGAAAUUUACGCAUUGUGGGAGGAAUUUGAACAUCAGACCAGCCCAGAAGCCAGGCUGGUGAAACAGUUUGACCUCCUGGAGAUGAUCCUGCAGGCUCACGAGUACGAAGAGCUGGAGGGAACACCUGGAAGACUGCAGGAGUUCUUUGACUCUACCAGCGGUCGUUUCCCCCACCCAGAUGUUCUGCAGCUGGUCGGCUGUUUAAACGAACAAAGGGGAAGUCACACCACCAGCGGAACAAGGGAACGUGAGGAACCUUUAGGAUCUGAACACACAACUUCACACACAUCCUGACUGCAUGCAAAACACAAAAGCCUGUUGGAGGAUGGACUUGGAAACACAAAAUGUACAGUGAUGCUCUGCCUCUUCCUUCUAAUUUUAGGUCAUAGUGUUCUAGGUGAUCAACAGUCUAGUGUUUUAAGCUACCCUGGUUUUUUUUACCAGCAGACCUAAU